AGCCAUGCUCCAGCACACGGCAGGAGCUGGAGGAGGAGGAGGAAUGGGUGCUUCUACCCAGACAAACACAAACAUUAUCCAGCCAGCCGUUUUCCAGCACACAGCAGGAGGUGGAGGAGGAUCGGGCACUCCCGCAGCCGUUACGCAGCCUCCUGUGAUUGCAAACAGCACAUCGGGUGGCAGCGGUGAUGGAGGAGGACUCUCUGGUGCCUCCGGUUUUGGACCAGCGGGCAACAACGGUGCGGUCCUCUCGCAGAACGCAUUCUCUGCGUUAAGCAGUGCACAGCCUGCUGAUGGCCAGAGAGAUGGACAGCAGAGCCUUCUUGACGUUAUUGCGGAAGACAUGGCAACGUGGGAAUCUUCUGGACAGUGGAUGUUUUCGUGUUACUCUCCUGAGAAAGGCAAGCCUAAUGUUCCAGGCUUUGGAGAGUUCUCGGCUGAGGAGGUGCGUCUGGAGUAUUAUAACUGCAGUGCAAACAACAACACUGGCUACUACAUCAACUCUGUCAAUCAGUUAGUGCAGCAGUGGAGAAAGAGGCUGCAGGAGCUGAAGGCUUUAAAUGGCUCGGGAAAAGCAGCGAUGCAAUCUCCGACCAAGAAUGCAGUCACUCAACCUCUGCCUUCCCUUGGCUUCGCAGGACAGCAAGCCCCAAGCACUGGGUUCCCAGGCUUUCCUGUGAGCAGCAGCAGCGGUGCUGCCAGUUUCUCCUUUAAGGCCAAUCCCAGUGUCCCACCUGGAAACGCUGCGGCUGUUGGGAGCUCUGCUGCUGCCUCCAAUCCUCCUACGCUUGGGGUGACGUCCUCGCCCAGCGUUCCCAAUCCUGUUGGCUCUGGCAAUUCUUCAGCCCCAUCUGCAGCCCCCUCGUCACUUAACGCUCCUGGAGCAACCGGUGGUUGUGGAACUUCUGGGCUUUCCGGCUCUGGAAGUUCUGCUGCUGCAAACUCUUCAAGCACCGCUCUGCUCCCUGGAAGUUCUGCUGCUGCAAACUCUUCAAGCACCGCUCCUCUCCCUGGGAGUUCUGCUGCUGCAAACUCUUCAAGCACCGCUCUGCUCCCUGGGAGUUCUGCUGCUGCAAACUCUUCAAGCACUGCUCCUCUCCCUGGGAGUUCUGCUCCGAGACGGUAUCAGACCAGAGCGGUUAUAUACACCAAGGAGUGA